AUGCACAAAGCAGGAGCAUUAUCUGUCCGCAGCUAUGCGCCAUCCUGGCAUCCGGAAGCGCCGGCGCGGCAAGCCCUGGGUCGCAUGACCCAUAUUGAAGGUGGUGGUGCGGUUGCGCGUACCGCUUUGGCCUCUGACAUGCUGCUGGCUCUGCAACAGGGAUUGCAUCUCGAGUUGGCGGGUACCGCAUGGUUUAACGAUGGCUCUGAAGUGUCGAUUGAGCUUGCCGCUAUAAACAUGCGGUCUGAAUUUGCAUCUUUUCUGGCCUGCGCCCAGACGAACAUCAAAGUGGCGUGGCAUACGCUGUCCCGUACGCGGAUUACCUACGACGUCGCACAGCAUCAACUCAAUGACAAUGGACGGCGUCAACUUCGAGCGCUGGCCCAGUAUGUCCUGCAGGAUCCAGCGGUGGAUAAGGUUUUUGUAGAUGGGCAUACCGAUAAUAACGGCAGCGAUCUGGCUAACCUGAAACUUGCUGAAGCUCGAGCUACCGAAGUGGCUACCUAUCUGCAGAACCAGGGCCUUCGCGCAGAACAGGUUGUGGUCCGCUUUCACGGCGCAGCUUAUCCUGUAGCGGAUAACAAAACCGCCCAGGGACGCGCGCAGAAUCGUCGCACCACGGUGCGUCUGGAGCAUUGCGCUCCCAUUUUCAACGGGUAUGUGCACGUGGCGGAUAAAAUGAAAAUUGUUCUGGCUUACUCCGGUGGUCUGGAUACGUCAGUGAUCUGUCGCUGGCUGCAGGAAACCUACAACGCCGAAGUGGUGACCUUUACCGCGGACAUCGGUCAGGGUGAAGAAGUUGAGCCCGCGCGGGCUAAAGCCAAGGCCAUGGGUGUGAAAGAAAUCUUCAUCGAAGAUCUGACCGAAGAUUUUGUCGCCAACUAUGUUUACCCGAUGUUCCGUGCCAAUACGGUUUAUGAAGGUGAAUAUCUGCUGGGCACCAGCAUUGCGCGUCCAUUGAUCACUCGCCGUCUGGUUGAAAUUGCGCGUCAGACAGGUGCUCAGGCGGUUGCCCAUGGCGCAACCGGGAAAGGUAAUGACCAGGUGCGUUUUGAAAUGGGUGCCUAUGCACUUGAUCCGGACAUAAAAGUUAUUGCCCCCUGGCGGGACUGGGAUCUGAAUUCCCGUGAGGCCUUGAUGGAUUUCUGUGAAAAGCAUCAGAUUCCAGUGGACUACCAGCGUGGCGCAAACAAGUCCCCCUAUUCCAUGGACGCCAAUCUGCUGCACAUCUCUUAUGAAGGAGGUGGUCUGGAAGAUCCUGCCGCUCCAGCAGAUGAGGAUAUGUGGCGUUGGACGGUGGCACCGGAAGAUGCGCCGGAUGAACCUGAAUGGCUGGAAAUCGAAUACGAACGGGGUGACCCGAUAGCCCUAAACGGGCAGGCUCUGACCCCCGGUGCCAUGUUACGCACAUUGAAUGAGCUGGGUGGCAAACACGGCGUGGGACGCAGUGAUCUGGUUGAGAACCGCUAUGUGGGCAUGAAGUCCCGCGGUUGUUACGAAACACCCGGCGGCACAAUUCUGCUCAAAUCCCAUCGCGCGAUCGAGUCAAUCACGCUGGACCGGGAAGUUGCACAUCUCAAAGACGAAAUGAUGCCUCGUUACGCCAAUAUGAUUUACAACGGCUACUGGUGGUCGCCUGAGCGCAAGGUUUUGCAAGCUUUGAUUGAUGAGUCACAGAUUCCGGUAAACGGAAACGUUAGCCUCAAGCUCUACAAAGGCUCAGUUUCCGUUGUGGGACGUAGUUCUCAAAGUGACAGCUUGUACGAUGCCGAUGUCGUCACGUUUGAAGAUGACCAGGGGGCGUACAACCAGGCAGAUGCCGGCGGUUUCAUUAAAUUGAAUGCGCUGACGGUAGUCAUUCGCAGUCAGCUGGAUCAUCAGCAGGCGGAAGCCUGGCAGGCGAAACUUGCGCAGUUUGGCGCCAUCUGCAGAAUCAAAGACCUCUCCCCCAAAGGUAAAUCUGUACACUAUAAAGAAGGCAAAGACGCCGAGCAGACCUUACGUGACAUCACUGCAGCACACCUUGAAUGCCCGCGUUGUGGUCACAUGCAACUGGAUUCCAGUCACUGCGCCCGUUGUGGUGUUGAUCUGGAGCAGGCGUUUAAGCUGAAGCGGAAAGAAGACCUGCUGAUUGAAAAGAAGCUCCGCGAGCUGCGUGCCAAAAAAGAAGUCAGCCCGGGUCAGGCACCACGUGCUGCUGCUCAAGGCGUAUUUGAUUCCGGCAUGGGCGGAUUAACCGUGCUCGCUGCGUUACGCAAACACCUGCCGGCGGAAAACUUUGUUUAUCUUGGUGAUACCGCCCGCCUGCCUUACGGCACCAAAUCUCCUGCGACAGUAACCAGAUACGCAAGCGCUGCCGCCACAACCCUGGUGGAUCGAGGAGUGAAAGCGCUGGUGAUUGCGUGCAACACGGCAUCCGCGUUUGCAUUGCAGGCCCUACAGAAGCAGUUUGCACCCUUACCCGUUUUUGGCGUGGUUGAACCUGGCGCCCAGGCCGCGGCGUUGGCCGCCCGCCAGGCAGCUGAUGGCAGCGGCGUGCUGGUAUUAGCUACCGAAAGUACAAUUAAUGGAGGGGCUUAUCAGCGGGCGCUGAUGACAAUGCUCGCCGGGCAACCUGUUUACGGCAGAGCCUGCCCAUUGUGGGUCACGCUGGCAGAACAGGGGCCCGUCGAUAGGCAAUUUGUGCAAACCGUGCUGGCGCAUUCAUUGCGCGGCUUUACCAUUUCCGGGCCCAGUACGGUCCUGCUGGGUUGUACCCAUUUUCCGGUUUUCCAACCCUUGUUACAGACGUUGUUCGAUGAGGUCACGGCCUCGGGCGAGCGAGAUGGAGCCGUAAUUAUCGUGGAUUCUGCUGAUACCACCGCCAGAUGGGUGGUGAAUCAAUUGCAUACACAGGAUCUGGUGCUGCCUACCCAUGCCCGCGGCGAAGUUGAAUACCUGGCAACCGAUGGUGUGCCACGCUUCAAAUCUGUGGGCGGUUACUUUCUUGGCUCACCCAUUGAUGCAGUAGAACUGGUCGACCUGUAA